CAGUCACGAAAGUUUUAAGUCAAAAUUUAGGGUAGGACAUUUUGCCCGAAGGGAUGGUGGCCAAUGAACAAGAUUGGGAACACGUCUGUGAGAGGUUGACCACCACGACGGUGGAGCGAUUAAAUCAUCGCAAGUGCAGGAACAGGAUGGGAUCAUGGCAUUACCAGCACGCAAAGGAUGGCGACAAAGCGGCGUGGCCUUUGUCCAGCAGUGGCUUGAUCACAUCUGUUCAUGAUAAUGGAGGUAACAAACAAAAAACCACGUGGUUUUCAGCUUAGUUUGGGAUUUACGAUAUCAAAUUACUGCAAUAGUUUGCUGCUAUCGUCUACACGUGGCAGAGCAAAUAUCAUAGGCAGCUAGCUUCAAACGGGUUCCAUACAAGUGUAAAUUUGCAUGCAAAUCUGCAAUUUACUACCCCCCCCACCCGCCUGCCAAAGAAACUGUAAUUAGCGUGCACAUGUUUCGAGUGUGACCGCAAAAUGACUCCUCACGACUAUUAUAAUCGUCGCCCUGGACAGGCGCUGAUAUAAGUGCGCUCCUGGCCCCUUUAGGCUCUUGCACAAAACGGCUGCCAAUGUUCCGCAGCCCAGAAUUCACAGCAACAUCUCUGCGGCCGUCGCCGUGACGAAAGUCAACAUCCAUGAUGUGCACGUUGUUCAUUUCGGCGGUCCUCCUGCUGCUCAUAUGCCUCAGCAUUGGCAUGAGCAGCCGGAGGGCACACGCCAGCCUUCGAGUGGGCGUCCCUUCGAAGGUACUCCCUGGGUUGGGCGUGCAGACGCAGGAGCUCCUGCCGAAGGCUCCUGAAGACGCCGAAGGCUCCUUCGCCACGGGCCCCGGCGCCUGCGCAUUGGAGAGAUUCACGGCUUCGGAAACAAGCCGACGGCACGACCACAGGACCGAGCGGGCAAACUUGGAAGCGUUCAAUCGAGCGUGCCCGUUGUAUGAGCCACAGGCACGAGGUGUCAGCUCCCGUCGCCCGCGUGUGCCCGAAGCACCGAUGCCCGCCGAGAAUUGGCAGAAGCCCCGUCGCCGCUUGCGCCGCCACGGGAAGGCACUGGCCCGCAGUCAAAAGCCAUUCAGUCAACAGUCGCCAACAUCGCCACAAGUUCGUCGCCGUGCCAAGAGAUUUAUUUACCCAGGCACUUUGUGGUGUGGGCCAGGGACCAAUGCAAACUCAUUCGAUGAGCUCGGCUCCUACAAAAAGACCGACAUAUGCUGCCGGGAGCAUGACCAUUGCCCCCACGCCAUCGGCGGUUUUGAGCACAAAUACGGCUACAACAACAUCGGAUGGCAUACCAUCUCCCACUGCGACUGCGAUACCAAAUUCAGGCAAUGCAUGAAGGAGUCAAAUGACACGGCGGCAUGGGACAUUGGGCGGACGUAUUUCAGCAUCGUGGGAGUUCCCUGCUUCACCCUCCGUGAGGACGAGGCCUGCGUAGAUUGGUCUUGGUGGGCCGGAUGUCUCAAGUACGAGCGGACGAUGAUGGCAAUAAUCCAAGAGCAGGGGCCUUUUGAUGAAAUACCACCAGCUUCCAAUGCCACUGAAGUCCCAACAGAGGAAGUGGAACGACAGGAGACCACCACGCCCGCACAUUCUGGAGGGAGUGCCACCAGUGAGACAACCACAGGGCCUCCGGUGUCCACAUCAACAUCGUUUAAAAGUCCCAAUGUCGAUUCUUCAUUCAGCGCUCCGACAGCGCUGAGCGACAGCCUGAGCACUCUCUCGACCACACGCAGCCCUGGGGUUUCCAGCAGAGGUCCUUCUGGAGGUGAUGGCAGGAAAUGGAAAAAGUUCUGGAGGAAACACUGCUCGGAGCAGAGCAAAGAGAAGGAUCUGAGCGAUGAGAGAUCAGUUCAUUGCAAAGCUUUUAAGGGCAGGCUACAUCGAUAUAAUAGCGUGGCAGUUGCGGAGCGCCUGGCCAACGCCAGUGGUGUCGUGGCCACAGUGAACGGGCGAAGCUCGGCAGACGGAGACACUUCGAAGCGCCUGUUGACAAUGGCGGCGUUGCAGCAGAUGCAACAAAGUAAUGUAUCCGACACGGAAGAACGUGCGAUUUCAGAGAAAGGCAACGCGCACGCCGACGCUGCGGUAAGGCCAACUUCUCCCGCACCUGCAAGCGAUAACGCAACAGCGCACGCAGGCACGGAGGAGAACGCCUUGCGGCAGCACGCUGGUCUCGAUCCCUUGCUGACCAAAGCCAACCGCAGCCAGCCACGGAAGACGACGGGACGAAUGAACGGGAAGCGGCAAAAGAGUCCGGCGAAAGGGCCUGCCACGGAAAACUCUGCUCUCCACAAGGGAGGCGUCGUUGGCAGAAUCCCCUCGCUGACAGCUGCAGGGGUGACCACUGGUCCUGCUUUUAGCACCGCCGAGCCCGCGUUUACCGCCGCGUGCGCGGUUGUCACCGACAGCAUUCUGGUUCCCGAUGCCCUCGUUGACGUUUUAAAACGACCUGCGGCGAGAAAAGGCGACGGCAAACGUCAGCAAACGGGGGGAAAGAGAGACGCGGAAAAGGUCGAGGAGAACACCCGGAGGCUGGUCGCCGGCUACGCGGAGAGCGUGUCCGAAGUCUUGUCUGGCCUCGUGAAGAGACUGAACAGCGACGCGAAGGAACCGCGCGGAUCGCAAAGGAGGGGCCGCGUGUCUGACCGGGGCUGCGCGACAGCUCCGAAGCGAGGCCAUUCGGACGAGAAGCGGCGGGUGCGGAAUAGUCCUCGAGGCAGGCGCCCGUCCGGGCAGGCGCUGUUCGUCGCUGGUGAGCGGCCCUUGGUUGAGGCUCGACGAGUGGGCGACGGAACCUGGUUGGCUCUGGUGGAGAGACGACUCGGCGGGGGUUGCCAGCCGCCGGCUGUCGUGGAGCGGCGGCGCGGCGGGGAGCAAAGUCCCCGCGGGGAAAGCCGUCGACGGGGACGCGACGAGUGCGUCGGGAGGAAAGUCCCGGUCCUCGACGUGUUCGCGUUUUACGCUAAGGCGUACGAGCUCAGCGAGCAGUGAACGAUGCCGUUUCGUGCAAUGGUGAUCGCCUGCCGUGCGGCUGGCUACGCGAGUUCACUGAAAUCGCAACGCGUCCUCGUGUUUCCUAAACGCGGCAGGGCGAUGCAACGUCCAAGCGAGUUGGCACGGCAGAUUGGCGCAUGUUGGUCUCGGCAGAACGCACCAUCCGCUCCUCUCGAAAAUGUGACACAUUACGCAUGCCCACAGGCGAUAAGAAAUGAAUUCGUGAAUGAUAAACCCUCGAACUGGCAAUAGCGGUAUAAAAAAAAAAAACUAAAUGCAGUGCUGGUUUCUGAUCAGGCCACUCAUUCUUUCUUUGCCACUGAACAAAUAUUGGAAAACUCCAUAUUAUCAUGGCGGGGACGGGUGCGGGAGGGGGUGAGUGGCGACGUUCAUUACAGUACGACCGCUGUC